UAUGCGCAAGCAUGGACGAAAGUGCGCAAGGUCUAUCUCCCGUAUAAUGUUCGACAGUCCCAUUGGGUGGCAGUAGAAGUCGACUUUGUGCGACAUACUGUCACUGUCUAUGACUCGUAUUCUGAUUUUACCUCCAACAGUAUGCUUGUCCGAUUCAUGGAGCCUAUUACCCAUACGCUUGCAAAGGUGCUGCAUGAAAUGAGGUUUUAUGAGAAAUCGGAGGUUGAAGCGGUGAAGAGAAAGGGGACUGACAUGUCAAACUUUAACCCAUUCACAAUUUGCAGAAUUUCCGAUGUUCCUCAACAAAGUGAUGGUACUUCAUGUGGCAUUAUGACAGUCAAAUAUAUCGAGUACCUUAGUGCCGGCAUUCCUUUACAUACCAUUGACCCAUCCAAGUUUGGCUACUACCGAUUGAAGCUUGCAAUCGAGGCUUUCAGGGGGGAGGCCUAUGUAUGAGGUAAAAGUCCUAAUCUGACCUCAUUGCUGCUUUAUUGUUAACUACUGCCUUUGGAAUUGCAUUGUUAUUUACUUCAUUGUAGUUACGUCGUACGUACUCACCUGUGAUGUCAGUGUUCAUUUAAAAAUGUCUUACAUUAUGUUGGGAACUUGUCCAACUGUGAUUACUAAAAAUGGCUACUUUUGUUCAUCAAAGUUUAGGGUAUUGGGGAUUUGAACACUAUAGAUGGUAAUGUCAAUGUUUCGCAACUGGCAUCUGAUUCACGUAUGUCAUAUGUUCUGA